UACCCUUUUGCAUCCAAGGAGGAGUGGGAAAUUGCUGAUUUCCUUCUGCAUUCACCCCUUAGCAUGGCAGUGAUUGACACAUUUCUGAAGCUUUCUCUGAUAACAUUGAUUAGUUUACCCCUUGUUCAGAUCCAAAAACUACACCUUUCAUUCAGCAAUGCUAGAGAGUUGCAAAGCUGUGCAGAGAUGCUUCCUAGCGGACCAAGCUGGAAGUGUCAGAUCAUCCCCUCCACCUAUCCCACAAAAUAUCUGAUUCUAUUGUUUUGGAGGGAUCCUAUCAAAUGCCUAGAGAGUCUUUUCUCCAACCUGCUUUUCCACGACAAGCUUGAUUUUACCCCUCAUUGUGUUUACACGAUGGCAGCGCAUCUUGUGCGGGUAUACUCGGAA